UUUUUCUUUUAAUUUUGAUGAAUGUUGCUUUAGUGCGUGUGUGUCAAUGUGGUGAAAUAGCGCAAUUGCCAAUAACUACACGCGGCUAUCUUUUAACGUGUCGUUUUCGGUCCAGAAAAGGUCAUUGAACGCCACUUACUGGCCUUCAUUUGACUGGAUAGUAUAGUAUGGAUAGUAUUAGUAACUAUGAUUAUGAUGUGGUAAUGAUAGUAGGAUAUUUCGACGAACUUCCAUUUUCUGUUUUCAUACUCAAGCCAAAGUAUUACAGUGGCCGCAAUUUGGCGUGAAAAAACAAUGUUGAGGUGAUGCGAGGAGUUUCAAUUUGAGAAAAGUAGUGCUUUUGGCGCCGCCUCGUGAAGGAAUCGUGGACUAAGAAGUUUGCUGUUAUCUUAUGGCACCUACAGACAAAUAUCAAUAUUUAAAAAGCAGAUUUCCACACGUGCGUGUCCGGUCUGUCAACUCACAGGUGAUGUUGAGGGUUGCCUUCAAGUUUCUUUGGAAAAGUCCAUUCUCAAGACAGAGGAAUAUGUCCCAGAGCAGCCUUGCCGGGAAAGUGGCCAUCGUCACGGCCUCGACGGCUGGCAUCGGCCUGGCCGCGGCCCGGGCGCUGGCCGAGAGGGGGGCGCACGUGGUGGUGAGCAGCCGGCGGCAGGCCGGCGUGGACGAGGCCGUGGCCCAGCUGCAGAGCCGCGGCCUCCGGGUCACGGGCACCACCUGUAACGUCGGGAAGGAGGGCGACCGAGAGAGGCUGCUUCGGACGACGUUGGAUCGCUGCGGCGGCGUCGACAUCCUGGUGUCCAACGCGGCGGUCAAUCCUUUCUUCGGAAACUUCCUGGACACCACAGAGGAGGUUUGGGACAAGAUUAUGUCCGUAAAUGUAAAAGCAGCCUUCCUAAUGACCAAGUUGGUGGUGCCUCACAUGGCAAAGAGGGGAGGGGGGAACGUCGUAUUCGUGUCGUCCGUGGCCGCCUAUCAACCCAUCCAGGGCUUGGGCGCGUACAGCGUAAGUAAGACGGCGUUGGUGAGCCUGACCCGGGUGCUGGCGCCCGAGCUGGCUCAAAGCAACAUCCGGGUCAACUGCGUGGCCCCCGGCAUCAUCAAAACGCACUUCAGCGCCCCAUUGUGGCAAAACGAUGACAUCAUGGAUGACGUCAAAAAGCAGAUGUGCAUCAAAAGAGUCGGUGAAGCAGAUGAAAUCGGGGGAGUGGUCGCCUUCCUGUGCACUCAGGAGGCUUCCUACAUCACGGGAGAGACCAUCGCAGCGACGGGCGGGAUUGCCUGUCGACUGUGAUUGCAAAAUAUAAAUCGACGCGUCCUUUCUUUCAACUUUUGCGAGAAAUCAAGUAUUCAACUGAUUAACCCAAUCGAUGAUGUGAAGGGACUUUUACCUGUAUGUUAUUAUUUUUUUAAUUUUUCAAACCAGCCUGUUAGCGCUGUGCUAGCGUGUUGCUGCCGCGUCACGGGCACUGUUUGGAAAGAAAAGCUAAGGUAUAAUAUUAAAA